AUGCCUGCCAUUCUUCCGCUGAACCUUUUUUAUUGCAGCAAUGGUGUCCCCGAGCUAUUUUGUGAAUUGAACAAAGCCGAAAUCCCGCUUUUAAUUUUUUCAGCCGGACUAGGCGAUGCGGUGGAAGCCAUUUUAACAAAUUUCAACGUAUUAUUUCCCAACAUUAAGAUUGUCUCCAACUUUCUCAGCUAUAACAAUGACGGCGUAAUUGAAGGUUUCAUAAAUGACCCCAUCAUUCACGUGUUUAAUAAGAACGAGUCUGCCAUAAAAGACACAUGCUACUAUGACGUGGUCGAGCAUUGCAAAAAUGUGAUCUUAAUGGGCGAUUCGCUUGGAGAUUGCGAAAUGGCCGAUGGUGUGCCCAAUCUGAAGAAUAUUCUAAAAAUUGGUUUUGUGCAUGAUUCGGUUGCUGAAAAUUUGCCACAAUUCAUGGAUAAAUUUGACAUUGUUUUAGAGGACGAUCAAACUAUGGAUGUUGUAAGAGCAAUUUUACAGUUUAUUUUAAAAUUGUAGCGUGACAAAAUGAAUACAAAUUGUUUAAUCUAUUA